UUAUACUCUCUUCCCUGGUGCAGGUCCCAUCCCACCCUCCUUCCCUGGAUAACAUGAACGAGGCCUUCGCCAAUCGUCACAGCCAAUCCACCAUGGCCUCCCGUAAUCUCUCCUCCCUCCUCGUCGCCCUCCUCGUCUUCGCCUUCUCUGCCGGCUCCCACGCCGGCAGCAUCGCCGUGUAUUGGGGCCAGAACGGCAACGAGGGCGGCCUUGCCGACACCUGCAACACCGGCAUCUACUCGUACGUGAUGCUGGCUUUCCUCACCACCUUCGGCAAAGGGCAAACCCCCGUCCUCAACCUGGCGGGCCACUGCGAUCCCCCCUCCGGCAACUGCACCGACCUCAGCUCCGACAUCCGCGCCUGCCAGUCCCAGGGCAUCAAGGUGCUCCUCUCCAUCGGUGGCGGCUCCGGCAACAACUCCCUGUCCUCCUCCGACGACGCCGCGAGCGUGGCAACGUACCUGUGGGACAACUACCUGGGCGGCUCGUCCAGCUCGCGCCCGCUGGGCGACGCCGUCCUCGACGGGAUCGACUUCGACAUCGAGCAGGGCGGCCCCGACCACUACGACGAGCUGGCGAAGCAGCUCUCCGACUUGGGCAGCCAGGCGGGGACCAAGGUGUACCUCUCGGCGGCGCCGCAGUGCCCCUACCCGGACCAGUCCUUGGGGAACGCGCUGCAGACGGGGCUCUUCGACUACGUGUGGGUGCAGUUCUACAACAACCCCAGCUGCGACUACUCGUCGGGGGUCAGCGGCCUGAGCAGCGCAUGGGGGACGUGGACGUCGAGCUUGUCGUCGUCGACCGUCUUCCUGGGGCUGCCGGCCUCGCAGGACGCGGCCGGGAGCGGGUACAUCCCUCCGGACGACCUCACCAACCAGGUGCUGCCGGCGAUCAACACUGCGUCCAACUACGGCGGCAUCAUGCUGUGGAGCAGAUACUACGAUCUCAACAGUGGGUACGGCGCCGCGAUAAAGAUUGGCGAGAACCCUGGAUCCCUUCUCCUCGAAAGAGACAAAAUCCUAAUAAGACUUAGAGGCGAGGAGUCACAAUCGAUUAGGAAAUCUGCUAAGCUGGCCCCGGCCAUUAAUUGACUCAUCGGUGGUGCGUCGACCAUGGAGGAAGACUAAUAAGUUCGUGGUCGUUCCCAUGGCGCAGCGGAAACCGUGUGCAAGCAGGGUUGAAGAAGGCGAACACGUCUUUCUUCCCCCAUUAAUUUCGCUCACCGCAUGUUGCAAGCCAAAGAUCAAAGGACUUAACAUGAACAGAGUAUGGCAUUGAAGAAUUAAAGGUGUGGCGAUUAAUAUACUCCAAUAACCUUUUUGUGCUAACUUAGGUUCUGAUGGUGUGACAUGUGAGUAAGGUUCG